AUGGCCGGGCCGAACGAUGUCGAAGACGAGCAGCAGCAAAUUGGAGCUUUCGCCCGCUUCCUCAUCUCCCACCACGCUCCCCUUCUCCGCUCCAUCGUCCUCUCCCCGGACUCCAAUCUCCAUUACCCCCUCCUCGUCGACUUCGCGGAGCUACUGGAUUUCGACCCUUCUCUCGCCCACCUCUUCUUCUCCCGCCCGUCCCAUCUCCUCCCGCUCUUCGACGAAGCUGCUCGCCGCUGCCAGGAUGUCAUUCUCGAGAAUCCUGACGAUCUGGGCCAUACAGCAAGCAAGAAGUAUCACGUUCAUGUCAGGAUCAACGUCGGUGGCUCUCCCUUGGAAUCUCCCGGUUUGAUCUUUGCCAUAGCCUUGUUUAUUUGA